UUACCAGUAAGAACAUUCAGACGACCUCUUCUCUUGGAGGAACCUUUGGAAGAACCUUUUGAAGAACCUUUUGAAGAAUCUUUGGAAGAGAUAGAACUUUUGGAAGAGCUUUUAGAAUCUUUAUUUUUUUGGCGAUUACUUUUCGAUAUUGUAGAGUUAGACGUGUUAGAUAUAGAUUUCAGCAUAGUAGAGUUGGACGUAAAUUUAGGUGUAGAGUUAGGCAUAGAAGAGUUAAACGUGGAGUUAGAUGUGGAGUUAGGUAUAGAGUUAGGCGUAGAGUUAAACGUGAAGUUAGAUGUGAAGUUAGACAUGGAGUUAGACAUGCCAGAAUUGUUUGUUUCAGGGUUAUUGGUUCUGAAAUAA